AUGUUAAAUCUCAUCUCAAAAAACAUAACUUUUUCCAUUAUCAAAACAAAAUCAAUUUACAUACCAUAUCCUCAUUCAUUUUCAUCGUCUUUAUCAAUAUCAUCAUCAUCAUUAGCAACUCCCAAAAAUGUAAGUGAAUGUACAUCACUUGAUAAUUCAUUUACAGUUUCUUAUCUUAUAAAUUCAUGUGGGUUCCCACCAGAAAAGGCUAUUUCAACUUCAAAGUACUUAACUUUAAAAAGCCAAGAAAAAGCAGACUCUGUUAUAACUUUUUUUAAGAAACAUGAUUUUACUGAUUCACAGAUUUCAAAUGUGAUAUUUAAGUUUCCUAGAGCCUUAGCAUUUAAUCCCGAAAAGACCCUUUUGCCGAAAUUUAAGUUUUUAAGUUCUAUAGGUUUAUCGAAUUCUGAUAUUGCAAAGUUGUUGACUGCUAGGCCCAAGUCUUUAAGUAGAAGUUUAAAGAACCGUUUAGAACCUAGUUAUAAUGCACUAAAAGAUUUGCUCCAGUCGGACGAGAGAACUUUAAUUGCUAUUAGGAGAUGUGCUUGGGUUUUGGAUUGGGAUUUUCAAGGGAAUAUGAUUCCGAAUAUGCAAUUGUUGAGAGAUGUUGGUGUGCCAGCGUCGAAAAUGUUGUAUGUAUUGACUUAUCAGCCUAGAGAUUUUUUGGUUAGUAGUGACCAGUUUAGGAAGGUGGUUGAGGAAGUUAAGGAAAUGGGGUUUGAUCCUACGAAAACGCAUUUUAUGUUGGCGUUUCAUGCUUUUAGGUCUAUGAAGAAAAUGACAUGGGAUAAGAAGAUGGAAAUUUAUGAGAAAUGGGGCUGGUCUAAAGAUGAAAUCUUGGCAGCUUUUAAAAUGGAUCCGUGGUGUAUGAUGAGAUCGGAGAAGAAAAUUGAUAAGGUGAUGGAGUUUCUUGUUAAUAAAAUGGGUGUUGAGACGUCGGUUAUUGCUAAAAAUUCUAUUUUGAUUUCUUUGAGUUUUGAGAAACGGAUUGUUCCUAGAUGUUUGGUUUAUCAGUAUUGUAAGGACAAGGGAUUGAUGAAUAAUAAAAAUCAUGUUGGGUUCAGUUGGUGGCUGAGGUGUUCUGAAAGUGUGUUGGCCAAGAGAUUGGAAAAAUACGAGAAGAAAUCUCCUGGUGUUUUAGAAUUCUAUCGAAAAAAGCUAGAUCUUGCGACUUGAGUUGGUAAUUUGUUCUAUUUAUGUGGUAAUUGUUACUUUAUUCUAUAAGUAUAUCCAUUUUGUUGCGGAUGACAAAAUAGAAUUGUAGGACUUUUACCCUUAUGGCAUAACUUAACUAGUUAUUCUAAUCUGUCAUGGAUUCUUAAUUUAUAUAAGAUCUGUUCAUUCUUGAAUCUUGAUUUA